UACACAAGUGCACAGCUGGUUCCUUAAGUGUCUGCCAUGAAACAUUACUUGUGCCGGACCAUCCUCUAUUUGCUGAUCUUCGCAGUUCUCAUUAUCACUCCGGAUGCUCAGAGUGACUCUGAGUGUUCCACAGAAAUCAGAGUACGUCUCAACACAGUUCAUAAUGCCUCAGUUGGACAACAAUUUAGGAUUAAUUGCACAGUUAUUUUUUGCAAUGAUUCACCACCAACAGUCUCCUGGUAUAAAGUUGAGGAAACUGGUGUCCCCGUCAAUGUCAGCAGUGACAGUCACAUUAAAACAGAGUGGAAACAUUUAAACAAGUCAGCAGGGAUCUUCUAUUUGAUCUUCCAAAGCAUUGUCAGAAGUGACUCUGGUCAGUAUCAGUGUCAAGAUGGACCGACUAUGGGUCAUGCCAUCACUGUCAAUGUCUAUGAUAAUGUGAAGCUCACCACAGCUUCGUGGACAACUUUGGCACCAGUGAAUACAACUUCUGCUGACACUUUCUGGCCAGUCAUAUACCGUGUUGUUGGGAGCGUGGUGUUUGUCACCGUAAUAAUAUUAAUAUGUGUUACAUCAAAGCGAGGGUGCAAAGGAAAACCGAGGAAGACAACAAAACCAAGUCAGGAGCUCUACACUCAUAUCUAUGACAAUGAUGUAUGAUGACGAUCCUCAUGUCUGAAAUGCUCUGAAAUCAGUCUGUGAAGCUCAGUUUAUUAUAAUCAGCAUAUUUUACUGAUGUGUGAGCUAAGUCUUGCUACAAUUUAUUCUUUAAAUCUACUGGCUUCUCACUGGUGUGUGUUACCGUGUACCCAGUUUAGCAUUUUUUGAAUUCCUGUAAAUCAAUUCAAACUGUAGAAGUGAGAUUUCCUACUUGAGAAACCACUAUUGUUUAGUCUGCAAAGACUGCGGGUGCAUGUAUGUGUGUGCGUAAGUGUGCACGUGUGUACGUGCGUGUGUGUGGUGUAUGACACAUUGGAAAGGUAAUAGUUUUGCUUCCUGUACAGGUAACAGUUUUGCACACAUCCUGUGCAAAUAGGACCUUUGACUGUAUUUAUGAUUGAAUUAGUGUGUUUGCAUCGCUGCUCUCUGUCGUUUAUGAUUAAAGAAG